CUCCGGGGAGCAGAAGGCAAGCAGCCAGGCUGGUGAGCUACAGGGUCAGGAACACAUGGAGAAGGAACACCAGGCCGUUGACUGAUCAACCUAUAAGAACAACUGUUUGGAACUAGUGUUAAAAGCCAGAUAAAGGAUGGGCGGGAGAGCUCCAGAAAACUUGCUUCUGUACCGUGGAGCAGAUGAUCCAGCAGGAGAAAGAGAGAAAAAUGCCAAUCUCCCCAGGCACAGCUCCAAUAUUUAUGAGGACCUGAGAGAAAAUAUUACCUAUAUCAAGACUCUUCCCACAGAUGCAGAAAAAAGCACACAGCCCAGCAGAGAGGAUGAGGGGGAGACAGAAGACAGCACUACAUUCUACUGGACUUGUUAUGACGUUGCUGAGAAACAACCUGAGUGCCAAACUGAAGAGAAACAGAAAGAUCACCUGCAAAAUGAACUAGACAGACUGAACUUUGAACUGGAGGCGCAGAAGGAGCUCCAUCAGAAGGACAUACAGAUCAUGGAGGAAAAACUCUCAAAAUUGGAGUUAGCAGUACAGUACUUGCACAAAGAAAUCAAAAGAGUGGAGAAGUUCCAGCCCGAGGGAGCUGACAAAACCAGAUUGGCACCAAAGGAAACCGAGAUUAUUGUGUCAGUAGAGGAAGGACCGUAUCUCCACCAGGAGACUUAUGAGCUGUGGUCUGAGAUGGGAAACUGCAACAUAGUGGAAGAAUCGAGUACCAUGACACUGAGGAGGAUUCCCAAGCGCAUGAGCUUCCUGGACUCCACAGUGAAGGAUCCAGAUGCAGAAGUAGAGGAGUUGGGGGAAGACAAUGGAAAAUCUCAGGAGCCAGAAGAUGUCCAGACUGAGCUCAGCCUCCAUGUCCCAUCAGAGAAGGAAAUGGAGGACAGAUGGAAAAAUAGUGAUAUCAGCCUCAGUUCAAACCAUCCGGAGAGUUUAACUGUGAGAAGCGAGAGCAUACUAAAAUCAGAAAGCAUGGGGAACACAUCUCCACGCAGGUCUGGAAUUACCGUUUCAUUCCUAAACCUCCCAGAAGCAGAGCAGAAACUCCAGCCCCAACCCUCUUUAUCCCUGGAUAAGAAGAAGGAUCAGCCCAAGGCCAUGAGCAGCCUCACCAGCCUCAUGGAGCUGUUGGGCAGAGAGUCUGCAAUACUGGCGUCCAACCUGAGCACUAGCUCCUGCUUCGGGGAGAAAUGCCUAAGCUCCAGCUUCCUGAAGAUCAUCAGUGUGGACCCGAAGGGCAGGUUCAUACGGAUCCUCAACUCCUCAUCGGAUCAAGAUGUGGACAUGAGUGGCUACAUCCUCCAGCAGUGGAUUGGAGGGUUCCCCGUGUCCAUCUACCGCUUCCCUACCAACACCGUGCUGCCGGCCAGGCACCACAUCACAGUCGUGGUGGCACCUACCCGCAAAAACCAAGCUUUGUACGAUGGUUUAGCAAAUGCUUCUUGCUGUGCCCCAGUAACCAUGUAG